UUAGAAACCAACAAGUCCCAUCUGCGAAAGCUGUGAAGCAACGUUGUUUUUCUUCUCUUUGUCAUUGUGUCUAGGAAUUGCUCAAUGGUGCCCAGAAUCUCAAAAUGCGACCUUCUCAUUUCAAGAUAGCGUCUUCGCUCAGUCGGGGGCUGCACACCGCUCGCUCCAUGCCCCGCCAGCGAUACUUCCAUGUCACAACACCAGCGAGCAUGCCUCGGAAGCGGACUUUCUUCACCUCGAACGUUUACCUUUCCCAGAACACUGGCGAGCCGACCGCGAGGCCACCGAGGCAAGAAGAUGACGAUUCGUCUCAGCUCACAGCACCAAAGCGUAAGGGGGUGCGCUCCGCCGGCGCAAAGAACUCCCUACGACGCGUAGCGAUCAUCGCCCAGCGACCGGCGCAACGAGAACCAGGAGAGGUGCCUGCAGAGGUGGUGGAUGCAUCUGCACCCACACUGAUAAGCGCCGUGUGUGUUGCCGAAGCUUUCAAUAUGAAAACGGUUCUGGACAUUCUCCGGGCGCAUGGGUUUGACAUUGAUCCGUACCAGAGCGGGUUCGAGGCGAGCGAGGUGGUCCACGCGCGAGGCGUCAAUGGCGGUGAUAUCUUCGUUUUCCCCUCGGGGACCAUUGUAACCUGGGCCCUGCCACCAGAUGUUGUCACGAAGCAGUUGCUGAAUGCGGCAGAAACGCCGCUGAAGCCGGCUCUUCGGGAGAUGGAGGACCUGGAGUACGUGUCUGAUCCGAGCAAGGAGACGAGCAGUAUGAAGGGUGACAUCGUAGUCCUGGGCACAAAACUCGAAGAACGAGACGGUGAUAGGCUCGAUACAACCCUCGCCAAGAUUGCGUUUUCUUCUGGACUGGCCCGGAGUACAAAGCUUGCAGUGCUGGAAACCGCGCUGACGGCUUACUUUGAGAGCACCAGAAAGAUUCCUUCCGUGCUAUCAAAGGGUUCUGGCCUACCCUUGGGCAGGAAAUUCAUCUUGCAAAAGACGGGCGAGCUGUUGAGCCUCCGCGCGAGGCUGAAUCACUAUUCAGAACUCACUGACUCUCUUCCAGACAUCUUCUGGGACAGCCGCUCCGAAUUGGGUCUGGAAGGCUACUAUGAGCAGGUUGGCCGGGCGCUGGACGUCAACGUACGAAUCCGGACUUUGAACCAGAAGAUGGACUACGCGCAAGAGAUUGCGAGUGUUCUGCGGGAGAUGUCGAGCGAGCAGCAUAGCACGAGGCUGGAGUGGAUCAUCAUCAUCCUUAUUGCUGUCGAGGUCGUCUUCGAGGUUAGGAGGAUUGUGCUCGAGUACAGAGAAGAAAAGGAGGAUGAUAAAGUGGAAGCCUAGGAUUGUGUUUAUUCGAACUAGGUUAUGCUGUUGAACUUUAAAAAGAUACCCAACUCUAUGAUUAAACAAGGUUUCCAAGAUAUGUGCAUUCAGUCCAAUUUGGAUAUGAAGACACUCACAAUGUCCUGCAUAAUUGGCUUGCCUCGGC